UAAUUUUAGAAAAUUUCAAGCAUUAUAUCUGUAAAUAAUUUCAAAUUAUUGUAAACAAUAGUCAUAAAACAUUAACCCCUUUUACAACAUCAUAUUUAUUGGUAAAUCCCAUAAUUAGCAUAGAAAACCUUUACGCAACUCUCCAACAAAACGUUAUCAUAAUAAAUAAAACAUGGAGGUUCCUCGUGACAAAUGUUACGUAUACGUUUACUUUAAUUACAAUAUCUAACGAGAGAGAGAGGGAGGAAAAAAAAGAGCAAACAGGAAAUCAUGACGGAAACAAAAAUAAAACUGUAGUGUCGUCAUUAGUGACGUAUCGAAAGUGAGUAAAAGUUGGGGUUGUAGUGAAGUGUAGGCUGUUGUCCUCACACAGCGAAAUUGUCUGUUUAUGUGGGAAGCACGUGAAGUAUCAUGCCAACCAUUACUACAACUACAUACGGCUGGAGAAUAUACAGAUAUGGUGAUAGAGGUUCAGGAUUUCGUUUGAAACGAAAUGUUCAAGAUUUUGCUAAACUUCGACAGAAAUGCCUUGAUGAAGGUGUUUUAUUUGAAGAUCCGCAAUUUCCUGCUGAAGAUGCUUCGCUCUACUUUAGUAGAAGCCCUCCCGUAUAUAUAGAAUGGAAACGUCCACAUGUAAGUAGAACAACAAAUGAACUUUCAUUUAAAAAUUUAAAAAAUAUAUAAU